CAGGAGGACGCAGCCAGCCUUCUCCCAGACUCUUUGCCUAACAUUUCCUCACUCUUCCCACCGUGCCUGGCCACGGACAUGGCCCGGGACUCUCUGAUGCUGGCGGCCCUGGGCUGCCUUCUCCUGCGGGCAGGCUGUGGACAUGCCGCUGUCACCCCAGGCUCGCUGGUCUCCUUGCUUACAGCCACCGUGGCGCUGUCCGCGGGGCCUGUCAGCAUGGUGGUGGAACAUGCAGAGUUCCUGAAGGCAGGGAAGGAGCCUGGCCUGCAGAUUUGGAGGGUGGAACAAUUUGACUUGGUACCAGUACCCAAGAACCUGUAUGGGGAUUUCUUCACUGGUGAUGCAUAUUUAAUCCUGAACACUGUCAAACGACGGGAUGGAAGCUUGCAGUAUGAUCUCCACUUCUGGCUGGGGAAUGAAUGUACUCAGGAUGAGAGUGGUGCUGCUGCCAUCUUCACUGUCCAGAUGGAUGACUACCUUCAUGGAAAAGCAGUUCAGCACCGAGAAGUCCAGGGCUUUGAAUCUCAAACGUUCCUCGGUUACUUCAAAUCUGGCAUAAAGUACAAGAAAGGUGGUGUGGCUUCUGGCUUCAAGCACGUUGUGCCCAAUGAGGUUUCUGUGCAGAGACUGUUCAAGGUGAAAGGACGUCGAACAGUCCGGGCCACAGAGGUACCUGUCACAUGGGAUAGCUUCAACAACGGCGACUGCUUCAUCCUUGACUUGGGGAAUGACAUCUACCAGUGGUGUGGCAGUAGCAGCAACCGUUUUGAGAGACUCAAGGCCACCCAAGUGUCCAAGGGCAUCCGGGACAAUGAGCGGAGUGGCCGGGCCAAGGUGCACGUUUUAGAGGAGGGAGCUGAGCCUGAGAAGAUGCUCCAGGUCCUGGGGCCCAAGCCCACUCUUCCUGAAAGCCAAGAUGACACCAUCGUGGAGGAUACAGCCAAUCGCAGACUUGCUAAGCUCUACAAGGUUUCCAAUGGUGCUGGGACCAUGGCUGUGUCUUUGGUGGCUGAUGAGAAUCCCUUCUCUCAGACAGCUCUGAGCUCCGAUGACUGCUUCAUCCUGGAUCAUGGCAUCAAUGGGAAGAUCUAUGUCUGGAAAGGCAAACGAGCUAACAUGGAGGAGAGGAAGGCUGCUCUCAAAAGUGCCUCUGACUUCAUCUCCAAGAUGAACUAUCGCAAAGAGACUCAGAUCGAAGUCCUCCCAGAAGAAGGUGAGACCCCACUGUUCAAGCAAUUUUUCAAGAACUGGAGAGAACGGGAUCAGACCCAGGGCCUGGGAGUGGCUUACAUUUCCAGUCAUAUUGCCAAUGUUGAGCGGGUCCCCUUCGAUGCUGCCGUCCUGCACAACUCUACAGCCAUGGCUGCCCAGCAUGGCAUGGAUGAUGAUGGCACUGGCCAGAAGCAGAUCUGGAGGAUUGAAGGUGCUGACAAAGUUCCAGUGAACCCCUCUACUUAUGGCCAGUUCUAUGGCGGUGACUGCUACAUCAUUCUGUACAACUAUCAGCAUACUGGCCGACAGGGACAAAUCAUCUAUUACUGGCAGGGAGCUACUUCAAGCCAGGAGGAGCAAGCCACCGCCGCUAUCCUCACAGUACAGCUGGAUGAGGAACUGGGUGGUACCCCAGUGCAGAGCCGAGUGGUGCAGGGCAAGGAGCCUGCCCACCUGAUGAGCCUGUUUGGCGGCAAGCCCAUGAUCAUCUACAAAGGCGGCACGUCCAGAGAGGGCGGGCAGACGGCCCCUGCCAGCACCCGCCUCUUCCAGGUCCGCUCCAGCAGCUCCGGAGCCACCAGGGCCGUGGAGGUGAACCCGACUGCAAGUGAGCUGAACUCCAAUGAUGCCUUUGUCCUGAAAACUCCUACAUCUACCUAUCUGUGGGUGGGUGAAGGAGCCAGUGACUCCGAGAAGUCUGGGGCCCAGGAACUGCUGAAAGUGCUGGGUGCUCGGCCCGUGCAAGUGGCAGAGGGAAAAGAACCAGAUAGCUUCUGGGAAGCCCUGGGUGGGAAGACUAUAUACCGCACAUCACCCCGGCUGAAGGACAAGAAGAUGGAUGCUCAUCCACCUCGCCUCUUUGCCUGCUCCAACAAGAUUGGCCGCUUUACGAUUGAAGAAGUUCCUGGGGAAUUUAUGCAAGAAGAUCUGGCUACCGAUGAUGUCAUGCUCUUGGACACCUGGGACCAGGUAUAUGUCUGGGUUGGAAAGGACUCUCUAGAAGAGGAAAAAACAGAAGCUUUGACAUCCGCUAAACGGUAUAUUGAUACAGAUCCUGCAAAUCGGCGUGGAACACCCAUCACGAUGGUGAGGCAAGGUUCAGAGCCACCUUCAUUCAUGGGCUGGUUCCUUGGCUGGGACAACAGCUACUGGGAUGUGGACCCAUUGGACAGGGCCAUGGCUGAGCUGGAUGUCUGAGAAGCACAAGCCUGAUCUUUUCUGGUGCCUUUGAUGGCUGCUUGUCCAGUCUUCCAAGAGACUGGCUCAUGGCAGUUUCUUCCUCUUUUUGUGUGUGUAUUUUUUUUUUUUACAGUAGCCUAAUAGUUGUGCAAUAAUUGAACAUACCCUAAUCUCUGUGCUCUGGAGAUUUCACAUAAUAAAGCUUACAUGGGACAUGUAACAACCUAAA